GCCCGGCGCGCGGGCAGCUUAUUUCCGCCGGACGCGCGGGCUCCGGGCGGAUGGAGGCGGCGCGGAGGUCGAGGCUGAGCUUGAGCCGCCGGAGGCCGCCCUCGGGGGUCGGGUCCCCGAGCAACCCCCCCGCUUCCCCUCCGGACGGCGGCGAGUGUGCGCGGCCGUGGGCUGAGCUGCUGCGCGCCGCGAGUGCGGACCUGAACGUGGACGGCGAGCCGCCGCCGCUGCCCGCGUUCCCCGGCCAGGAGCCCAGGCGCAGCCCUGAGCGCGCACCCCCGGAAAGCUUCACAGUGGGAACCGAGACCUUCUCCUGGACGCCCUUCCCGCCGGCCCCGCGGCGAGGCGGGGACCCGAGCCACUCCGACCGGGUGCUCCGCGAGUUCCUGGGGUGCACGGGGUCCUCCGCCUGGUCCCUCCAACGACACCCCGCGCCCGAGCCCCGCGGGACCUCCAGCGCCGAGGAGCAGCCGUCCGUGGAGGGGUCGCCGACACUGCAGAGCUGCCCCAUGUGCCAGGCCGACUUCUCCCCCAGGCUGACCCAGCUGGACGUGGAGAGCCACCUGGCCCGGUGCCUGGAGGAGAGCACGGGCGACGCGGUGUGCGUGAUGACUGACGUGGACGAGGCCACGAGCGCAGAGCAGCCCCAGGCAGGCGACACAGACAGCGUCAGCAGCAGCACUUCGGGCGUCUGUACCCAAGUUGGCACAAGGACGGACGCUUUGCUCCCCCCUCCGACUCGGCUCACGCUUCACGGCCGUGUCUCGACCCCCGGGGGAACCUGCGUCUCCGCGGCUGGGGGUCACUGCCGGCAGGGGAGGCACUGUCACCAGUGCCGGUCACUGCCCGCAGGGGCUCAGAGCGGCUCCCCUCAAGUCGGGGAUUCACGGGGAGGCACCGGCUGCCUGCCGUCACCUUGCGUGAGCUGCGUCUCGUUCACGCGCUCGGCGCCCGUGGGAAGCAGGGCCAGAGGGCCUGUGCAGGUAGCUUUCCUUCCGGUGCGGUUGGCCCACAGCCUCUGGAAGAGCCUCGUCUCCAGCACAGCCACAGCGGCUGCAGCACUGGCAGGAGGGAGGGGGUAGGAUGCGGAAGUCUAAGGUUAACUCCCAGAAGUUGGUAUUUUCCUUUCAAAAAGGGCUUCAGACGAGCCAUGAAAAGACACAGAGGAAGCCUCAAUGCACGUUUCUCAGUGAAAGACGCCAAUGUGACAAGGCUACACGUUGUGUGA